AUGAUGAUUUGCUUACCGGAAGAAUGCUUUCAUGUAGUUGCAAACAUACUAUUUGAAGGUACAAAAUUAAGGGCGUAUACAAAGGGGGUUGAGAACAAUUUACGGAAAGUUGAAUUGGACUCGAUUCAGGAUUACAUAAAAGAAAGUGAUAAUUUAGUGUCGCUUCAUGAUCAAAUUCGUGAAUGUGAUAGAAUCUUGUCACAGAUGGAAACUCUCCUCAGUGGAUUUCAAAUGUGUGUUUCAAAAAUUGCUCAAGGCCCUUAACUACGUUGAGGGAAUUGCUCCACCCUGCCCUCAACUAUUCGAGUAUUACUAUGCCUAGCAUUAGUCCUAGUUUUCAAUUAUUUUUACUGGGGGCACCACAUCACCUACACCUUUUCAGUUGUACGUUUCUUACUGUGCCUCUAUUUCAUCCCACUUCAGAAUUAUUUUAACCCCAACAGAAACCAUUACAAACAACAUUUAACUCCAUGGCAAUUGUCAUUUAAGCCCAAGAAGAGAAACACGUGAAAUGAACAAUUGUCAGUCUCUCACCUAACUGCCAAGGGCCUCAAGUACAAAUAGAGGACUCGUUUUCAAGAAAAAGAAACCUAACAAACUUGCUUAUACAUAAUGCAAUGAUCAUUCUCUUUCUUAAGAGUCUUGAAAGCUGAUUAUAGAGAUGUUUUGAUGGGAUUCAAGGCUGCUAAGAUGGGUUUCUUCAACACUUGACUGGUGGCAUUGAUGGAGGUUGGUGGCAAUAAUUGUGGAUGGAUGGGUAUGGAUUCAAUGGGUAUAGAGAGAAAAUUUAAAUAAAUAAAAAUACAAACCAAAAAAAUAGUAAUUUACUAGGAAAAAAAAAUAUAAUAUA